AUGUGCGAUCGUGUGAUAAGAAAAGGACGCUACAACGAACAACAACAACAACAAAAACAACAACAACAAAAACAACAACAACAACAACAACAACAACAACAACAACAACAACAACAACAACAACAACAACAACAACAACAACAACUGCUGUUGUUGAACAAAUUACCCUCGCCAUCCUCUCGGAAAUCUCCAAUGUCCAACUCACCACCACCAAGUACUUCGAACACUCGCAACAACCAUCGCCAAGCAUACCUGUGUAUGGCCUCGGGUAGCCGGGGCACCGUUGAACCGGAAGCUAUAUCCCAACCGGAAUCUUCGGACACCCCCCCGACGCUCGAACCAACCUGCGGUCCUCGGGCGAAGAAUAAACAGAAGAGCCCAGCGGUAGCCCCUGGUAGCCGGGGCCCCGUCGGUGCGGACGCCACUCCCACACCGGAACUGACCGCAACCCCCCGGCGCCGGGGGAAGUCUGGAAGAGGGACGCACAAGGGCGGAAACGCUUAUCCCCCUACGGACAACGAGGGAGUCAAGUCUGCUCGUGAUAUCGGGACGGAUAAGAGCUCAUCAACCCAUUCCCCGAAGGACUCCGAGGGAAUCGAAACCGCCGCCACAACGACCGAAGUCACUAGAACGUCACCGGGUAGCACAUCCUCCGCUUCCGUUGGGACAUCUCUGCCCAGGCACUACGAUGCAUCGAGUAUGUUCGAUAUUAGCCUACCCGACGACCAGAGCAGCAGCCAUCACCGUGAUGAAACUGGGUCCUCGGGUUCGUACAGCUCGUACCCCCUACCGGCCUUGCCAAAGCCGAUAAAGUUCCUGUUGCAAUAA